CCGAGGCCCAGCGAUGCCCCCCCAGGGGUCGCAUAGAGGGUCCAACACACCGCCCGUCCCGAUCUUCUUCGCGCCGCGAGCACGUCUGGGGCGGCGGCCCACAGCGCCGCACCCGCGGCUUUUUUGUUGCCAGCCGCAGGCGAGCGCGCCGACGGCGUGUCAAGGUCCGAGCGGCGGGCCGCGCGAGGGCCUAUGUAAAUUACCUAGCAAAAGCAGGCCUAUACCACCGCAACUCAGAACGGGAACAGGAGUUGAAGAGGGGGCACCCGCACCCGCGGCGCGAUGCCCGUCGCCCGGGCGCUGGCCCGGGCCCUCCGCGGGGCCGCCCGGGCCGGCCCGCCGGCGCCCUCGGCGCGCCGCCUCGCGGCCUCCGGGAGCACCCCGUGGCCCGCACCGCCCGGCGCGGGCGGCGGCAGCCCAGCGCCCGGGCCGCCGCCCAGCGCGGAGCAGGUGGCCGAGAUGAUGAUGGACUCGCUCCAGCCCGCGAAGGUGUCUCUGUGGCCACGGCUGAGCACCCGCUGGAUGAGAAGGACGUUGUACGGCAAGGGUGGUAUCGAGGAGGUGAUCACCACCGUGGCGAGGUUCCACGGCGCGGGCUCGCAGCGCGAGGAGAUCGGGGCGCUCCUGGCCGCCCGGGGCUUCGAGGCCGAGGCGCGGGCGCAGUUCGAGCCUCUCACGGCCGAGGAAGUGGAGGAAGAUGACCUGGACCUGGACCCGGCCGAGCCCGAAGAGGGUUCUUUCGACGCCUCGCGGACGAAGGCGGCGAUGAGUAGGUGAGCGACCUCUUCGGCUCGCAGGAAGGAGGGAUCGGAGAAGGAGGUUCCGUAGUUUUUCCACCGAUGGUGCAAAUUGCGCGGCCGCCGCCGCCAUCGCCUCUGUCGGCACCCUCGGGGCCGACGAGGCAACGACAUGAGCGCCUUGUUCAUGGUGACCGCUGGAAGGCGAGAGAUGUAAGAGCACAGAGACUCUUUACCCUCAUAGCUUGGACCAGCACUGCCGUCAGAGACAGGUUUUUCUCCGUCUAUUCCAUUCCCGCAUGUUGUCGGUCAAUUGUCAAAAUUUGGAUUCUGUGUUGAACAUCCAGUGGCUUUCGGCCCAUCCCGCAAUCGCGCUUGGUUUGCAGGUCAGAUACCUCUUGGAUGCCUGUAAGGGCUUUUGUUUUGGGAGAUCUUUCGGAAGCCUCUUAGAUGCUGUUUUGGGCAUCUUGGACUGCUCUUGGGCCGUCUCAGGGCUCUCUUGGACCGUCUUGUGGGCUUCUUGCUUUUGGACAAGUCCAGCGAGGGCACGCAGUGACACGCGGCGCCCCGGUGAAUCCGUCAAGUUGGGGCCCGGGCCCCCAACAUUUUCAAUCUUGCGGACUGAGAACGGAGGGCUCAAGGGACCUGAGGACACUCCAACUCGUGCUGCAGCACGGCGGUGUAUUUUUUUACGCGAGCCUGGGCAGUGACAUAGCACCUCACCAGGCAGGCGCUUGUGUAUUCGAGCUUUCUGUUUAAAGCGUCCAGACCUGUUCAGUAGCAGCCGCGAGUCCCAGUCCCCGCAUUAGCUCAGGAGACGGGCAUCAGUGGCCACCUGACAAAGCAUCUCUUACUACUGCCGUGGCCCGCAGCGUUUGUGGGAACAUGCAGUGGAGCUCGACGUUGCAGUUUUAUUGCCGAGGUGUUUGUUCAAUCUACUUCAACG